UUUUGUGUUCCUUUACUUGCACUGACAGAUUUGUUAUAAUUAGUCAGAAACGCAUGCAAUUUGUUCUCAAUUCACUGAAAAAUUGUAUAUUUUUUAUAAUAUGACUUAUUUGACUGUUUUUCACUCCCCAUUUUGAAUGUGCCAUAUUUAAUGUCAAGGUUUUUUUUUACACGUCCUCCUAAAUGGAUAAAGAGGAAACUUUUGGUGCUGCUUUUUUUUUUUUUUUUUACGAACAUCCGUUUUUUUCGUUCCUACAGAUAAGAAACACUUCGUUUUGCACGAAAGAGUUAAUGACUAUAUAUCCGACAACCCUGAACGCAUCACGAGUAAUGCUUGUGCUUCUCUGCGAACAAUGUCGCCGUAGGACUUUGUAUCCAAACUUUAGCGUUUAUUUUGCAACUUUCUGCAUGCUCGCUUAUGGCAUUGGGAUAAUUAUGCCGUGUAAGGGAAGCGCAGACUUACUCGCAGCUAUGCAGAGGAUUUUAAUCAGCAACUGUGUUCUUUUGGUUGUGUUAUUCGGCCCAAACUUGCCGGUUUCUGAGAGUGAAGGAAUCAGUCCGGAGAGAUGUAUCGUUUGGGGUCCAGGGCUGGAUCCCGACGCAGUUUUACCAGUCCGAUACUUCUUCAUUCAGGCGGUUAGCUCUGAAGGAAGAAACCUGACUUUGUCACCAGGCAAAGGGACAUUUAAAGUGAAGAUAAGUCCUCUCAACAAGGAGGAGUACAUCCGCAUCCACGUUCCUCCGCCUCUGGACAGAGGAGACGGGUCGUUUCUGAUGAGGUACCGCCUCUACGGAUCUGCAGUCGAAGGUCUGAAGGUUGAAAUCCUCCACCUGGACGCUGCUGUGGCCAAGUCGCCGUACGUUAUCAAGGGCCCAGUCUAUCAUGAAUACUGUGACUGCCCUGAAUCUGACGCCUCCGUCUGGCAGAGCGUCCUGCAGUGUCCUGCGAACGAGCCCCAGAUUCUGGCCGACUUCCAGUCCUUCCCUGCCAUCGACCUGCAGCAUCUCAGACAGGAAGUGCCCCUCAGAUUUUCCAACAGAGGGGGGCUCGUUCAUUACGCCAUCGUUGACAACAAGGUGUACCGGCGCACGCUGGGGAAAUACACAGACUUCAAGAUGUUCUCUGAUGAAAUGUUGCUGUCGCUGACGAGAAAGGUGAGAGUGCCCGACGUGGAGUUUUUCAUCAACGUGGGCGACUGGCCUUUGGAGACGAGGACGGAGGGAGCUCUUCCGAUCCUCUCCUGGUGUGGCUCCACGGAUACGCGCGACAUCGUCCUCCCCACCUACGAGGUGACGCACUCCACCCUGGAGACGAUGAGAGGAGUCACUAAUGACCUUCUGUCUGUCCAAGGCAACACAGGUCCCCCGUGGGUUAAUAAAACUGCGCAGGGUUUUUUCCGUGGUCGAGACAGUCGGGAAGAGCGUCUCCAUCUCGUGUCUCUGUCCAAGAAAUCCCCGGAGCUGCUGGACGCCGGCAUCACGGGGUGGUUCUUCUUCAGAGACAGGGAAAAACAGGUGGGCAAAGCACCGCUUGUGGGAUUCUUCGACUUCUUCAAGUACAAAUACCAGGUAAACGUGGACGGAACAGUUGCGGCGUAUCGGUUCCCGUACCUGAUGCUGGGAAACAGCUUGGUUCUGAAACAGGACUCGCAGUACUACGAACACUUCUACGGACAUCUGAAGGCGGGCGCUCACUACCUUUCCGUGCGGAGAAACCUGUCGGACCUUUUGGAGAAAAUCCAGUGGGCCAAAGAGAACGACGCCGAGGCGGCGGAGAUCGCCCGGGCGGGACAGGCGGCGGCCAGAGAUCUGCUGCAGCCCAGCCGGCUGUACUGCUACUACCACCGGGUGCUGCUGGCGUACGCCGAGCGCCAGGCGGGGCGGCCGACGCAGCAGGCCGACAUGGAGCUGGUGCCUCAGCCGGACGAUCACACGGCCGCAUGUACGUGCAGGAGGGAAGGUAACAAAACAGGAUCCAGUAAGAAUGAACUGUGACUGCCCAACCGUAGUUAGUUACAGCUCCAUUUUUUGUGGAAAAAAAAAAAAAAAUCCUUGCUGACACGAAGAGGGAAGCUGAUGAGUUUUACUGAAGUUUAUAGGAAACUUUUCAUACUUUUAUAUAUAAAAAAA